AUGAAAUCCGUGCAAGCUUACUUGAUGAGUUUUAUAGCUCUAUUUCCAUUAAGAGAGAAAAUGAAGUGAAAAAUUGCAACAAAAUGCAAUAGACUUCCCAAAAUUAUUUAUUCAGAAACCUUUAUGCCUUUAAAAAAAACUUUGAUGAGGCAAAUAAAUUGACUUUUGGGCGCCAUGGUACCCCAAUUGUCUUCUUUGUCAGCGAUGUUAAUGCAAAUAUGAUUUAUGGGUCUUGGUAAAGCAUCAAAUUUUUAA